CCUGUCCAACCGAGUCACCCAUACGCCACCCGCAUCGCCCUCGUCUCCACGGAGCACCUCCCUUCCGACGUGUUGCGGUAGACGGGUAGACGUGCGGGUAUCUACGUCCCUCACCCUACACAAAAACCACUCCGCACACACACACACACGCGCGCGCAUACACAAAGUCUCUUUCUCCUCUCUCUCCCCACACACACCUAUCCCGUCAGCUCUGGUCACGUAUCGCCACCUCCUCUCGACUCGCCCUCAGCUGGCGCGACAAUCGAUAUGGGACGACGGAGAAAGCGCUCGUCCAACACAGUGGUACCAUCUGGUGGGCUACUCACACAUGCUGGCAAGAAUGGCGAGCGGGCGGCGGGCAUGCCUUUAAGGCCAGGGAAUGGGCUGAAUGGUAAUCAAGGCUCGCUUGGCCAUGGCCUGUCAGCCGCUGGCUAUGCUGCCGCGGCCACGCGCGACCGCUCGAGCUCGGCUGCAAGCUCAAACCACUCAAAGUCAUCGACUGGCUCACACGUCAUGUCAUCUCUCCCAGGCUUUUCCACCGGCUCGGCCUUUGGCCAUAGCCGUGGUGGUCCUGGUGGUCUUGGUGGCCCAGGCCGCUACGGGCAUGCUCGGGCGUACACCCAGGGCACCACGCCGGUGCCACGGAUCCAGAUCUGCGACUCGCUGUCGUCGAAUCCGUCGAGACUUGCCGAACUAGUAUCGGCUGGAGAGCUGGAGGUGGCCAACGGCAACUUGGCCUCGCUCGGCUCGACCGACCUCGGCUCGACCGACCUCGCCCAAGCUUCGAACAGCCCACCAAGCGAUUUGCGCGCUGGCGGUGGGUGGGAUACCGGCGAGGUCAAGGAGGCGCGCCAGGCACUAGAUUGGUUUGAGGCGGCCGAAAAGAGCGUGCCUGUCAAGAUCGACACUGCAUUUGGGCGGCCAAUCCGUGAGUGGCUUCAGUCUCCGUGGACUCGCGCUAUGCUCAUCGGCCUCACUACGCUCAUGAUAAUCCUUAUCGGCCUCUUUGUUGUCCUUCUCAUCUCAUCGCACACCACCGACGCGUUCUUUCCCGCACUCGGCGCGCUCGCCACACUCGCUCUAGGCGCGUACCUCAUUGUUGCGCGACGAGCGUGGUCGCUCGCCAUUGUCGUUCUCCUCUGCACCAUCGGCGGCCUUGUCACCGUCUACCUCUACGUGCAAACGACUGGCUUCUCUCACAGCCACUUUCUCGCCGCUGCCGUCCUCAUUUUCAGCGUUGUCCUUCAUCUCGUCUCGCUUUGGGCUGCCACAGCAAUUGGCUCGUGUGGUGUAGUCGUGGCGAUGGCCGCCACCGCAUGGACGCCAACUCAGGGCACCGGCUCGGUGGCUUCCGCCUCACAGCUCACUCUCGCCGUUGUGCUCUGCGCCAUCCAGCUCGGCACCAAGGUGUACUACGAGCGCGUGCUGGGCUCGGUCAUUGCCAAGGCCAAGACCGCAGCUACCUUUGCUGAGUCGACUGAGGAGGCCAUCAUUCUCGCCCUCAAGGGCCGGGUCAUCGCAUGGUCGCCGACCGCGGGCCGCGUGUUUGGACCCAAGAUUCGUCUCCUCGCCACCGUCCUCGGCCUCUUUGACCAGGCCUCGCACAACGACAUCGAACGACUCUACCACAACGCCAACGAAUCGCGCGUGCCGCGCAACGUCAAUCCGGCCUUUGCGCGGCCGGUAGGCUUCGGCUCCAACUCGUCGUACAUGUUCAACGCCACGCUUGCCACCCCGCGUGCCGCGGCUGCCGCCUCGGGCGAGCAGUUCCUCAACACCACUGCGUCUGUCGAGUCCUUCCUCUACGAUAUGCUCCACCUCGCCCGCGGCUGCAAAGUCUACGCCCGCGUCGCUAACGGCAUUACCCUCCCAGCCACGCUGAUGUGUAAGCAGGUAGUCCACGAGGGUCGCAAGGCCUCGCUCUUCAUCCUCCGCUUUCGGCCAUCCCAGCUUGGCCUCUCCGAUGUCGGGAUCCAGGCCGGACGAGCCCAGCCUGAGUCGGUGCAGGGCGGCGGCUCGUUCUACCUCGGCGGGCCGACCAUGGAAGCGUCGGGCCUCACCGCACGCACCAUGUCCGAAGUCUCGGUCUCCAACUCAGGUAUCGGCAUCACUGGGCUGCCGGCAUUGUCGCACGCCGGAAGCUCGGGCCCGAUCGACUCGUCGAAGCUGCAGUUGACGCCGUCGCAGACGCCACAGCGGACCGCCGAGCAGGCCAAGUCGCUCUGGAUUUCAUCUAUCUCGCACGAGUUCCGCACUCCCCUCAAUGCCAUCUUUGGUAUGGUUCAGAUCCUCCGCGAGUCGUCGUCGUUCACCGCCCAAGAGCUCGAGUACUUCAACAUCAUCACUCAUGCCUCGCACACCCUCCUCGGCCUCGUUAACGAUCUCCUCGACUUUUCCAAGAUCGAGUCCGGCAAGCUCCAGAUCGAGUCGGUAGAGUUUAAUCUCCGCCAACUCGCCACAAAGUGCCUACACUACGUCUCGGCCACCGCAGUCUCCAAGGGCGUCGAGCUCCUCACCAACAUCUCCAACUAUCUGCCCGAGACCGUCAUCGGUGAUCCCAAGCGCGUGCACCAGGUCAUGCUCAACUUCCUCUCCAACGCCAUCAAGUUUACCGAAGACGGCCAGAUCGUCAUCGAAAUUCAGGUCCUCGAGUCGUCGCCCGAGACCCUCUCAGUCUGCGUCUCGGUCAAGGACUCGGGCAUCGGCAUCCAGGCCUCCAAGAUGACCCAGCUCUUCCAGGCCUUUUCCCAGCUCGACCGUUCAGUAGCUCGCAACUAUGGUGGGACCGGUCUUGGCCUCGCCAUCUGCAGGCAGCUCGUCAAUCUCAUGGGCGGCUCCAUCGGCGCAGACUCGAAAGAGCGCAAGGGUUCCAACUUUUGGUUCACUCUUGCCCUCAAGCUUCCGCCGUCGACUCACUACCCGCUCCGCAAGGUAUUCUCCGUUGCAAAGUCGGCAAACCAGCACGUCCUACUCUGCUACGCCAACAAGGCAGUCACCACCUCGAUCUCGGACGCGCUCCGCUCGUGGGGCUUUACCGUCACCUCGGUCACCACACUCCGCACCGCCAUCUCGCUGGUCGCCUCGGAGCCGAAGCGCUUUUGCUUCUUCAUUCUCGACGCAAACGCGCUCUCGCUCAAGCGCGUGGCGACAAAGUACAACAGCCUACCAUCGCCGCCGCCGCUGCUGGUCAUCACGGCCCAGGGCCAGUUCACCACGCACCAGAUCAACGCUAUCACCAAGGUCCCCGUCAUGUACAAGCCGCUUGAAGAGGUCACCCUCUUCCGCACCCUUGUCAACCAGCUCCGUCUCCGCCCGACUGGAACCUUUACCGGCACCGCGUCGGAUGCAAACGAGAUGGCUAUUGUUGGCGCCUCGCCGUCGAUCGGUCUAGGCUCGCACCUUCACCAGGACGGCUCCGAGGCUUGGUACGAGUCAGUCCUCAACUCUUCUGGCACCUCGGGCAACGUCCGCGGCACUUCGUCGCGCCCGCCCCUUCCAAAGGCCACCAACUACUCGUCAUCACAGCGGGGCGGCUCGAGUUCGGCUCUCUCGGUCGCAGGCAAGUCAUCGUCCGCCGAAAUGCGCCUUGCUCUCGCGCUCGUGGAUGACAACGCCGUCAACAACAUGAUUAUGGCACGGUUCCUCGUCUCAGUCGGCGUACCAAAGCCGUGCAUCCAGUCGUUUACCUCGGGUGAGGCCUUCCUUGCUGCUGCCCGCGAGACCCUCUUCUCCAUUGUCUUUUGCGACAUGCAGAUGCCCGACGGCCUGUCGGGCUUUGAGACCCUGACUCAGCUCCGCACUCUCGAGUGCGAUCUGAGUCUGGAGCCGGCCGCCGUCGUCGCGCUCACCGGCAUGGACCCUGACGAGAUUCGGGACUCCCUCGAGCCGCUAGUCGUCCUUGACAUCAUUGUCAAGCCCAUCAACAUCGAUCGCGUCCGCGACGUUUACCACCGCUGCGAGGCUGCGGUCUCGUUUCGCCCUACUCUCACCGCCUCGACAUCGACCCUGCACUCGGACGCAAGGUCAUCGCGCUACACCGACUCUCGCCAAGGCGUGAGCAAUUCGCGCGGCCCGCGCGAGGCUGGCCUCUCCACCGCAACCUCCUCCCGCGCCAUCGCUGCCCAUGCCGCCACAGCUUCCAGCAGCGACAGCAGCGACAGCAGCGACAGCAGCGACGACUCGGGAUCGACCCUUCAUUCAGCCAGGACCGCGGUCAAGGCGGCAGCUCACCUCUCCGGAAGCUCGUCUUUGUCCAACGACUCUUUGUCGCCUUCAUCAUCGGUGUCACCUCCGCCGCCGUCGGCCAGCAACACCUCAUCAAGUUUCGCAGUCAACAAGCGCUCGCCUAAGCGGCACGGCAGCGCUUCGACCGGGACCGGAACCAAGAGUGAUGUUUCCGGCGCUGGCCUCUCGUCUGCCGAAGCCAGCCAUGGCGACAAUGGUGGCGACUCUGGCUCGCCAAAGACGGCCAACAGCGCCGCGCGCGGCACGGCCAAGGGCAAGGCCAAGAGCAAGGCCAAGCGCAAGGUGAGAAAGGCGAAGGAAGUCAGGAAAGGCCAGAAGCGCCACAAGCGCCGCACAAGCAAGAUGAAGCGUGUUCGGGUGCGGAAGCAAAGCGUCUGCUCCCGCUCUUCCCGCUCAGGCUCUGUAUCGUGCUCCAAAGCUACUACCUCGGGUGUCAAGGCCGUAGCAAAGCGCAAGAGCCGGCUGGCCGGAUGCCGCCACCAUCGCACAUCGUCAGCCUCGCCUCCGCGAUCGACGUCGGACUCGUCAGUUACCGUCGAGUCGCCGCAGGUUAUGUUUGCCACUGGCGCGCAACGCGCCUCUGCCAACAAGUCAGCAGAAGGCAAGCAGCAAGUUGCUCUCGACUCGUCACCUGCAACCUCGCUCGCAGGGUCGUCACAGGCAUCGUCGUUGGCGUCGCCUUCUGGUGACUUUAAGAGGCGGUCCGGGCGGUCGUUCACCGUCUCGAACCCGAAUGCCAUCACGGCAGCGCUCAAGAUCAUGAGCUCAAACGGGAACUCGCUCGCCGAACUCUCCGAACCGGGCUCGUCCAACAGCUCGCAGCACAGGGAGCGGAUCAAGUCCAAGUACGAUCGGAAGCGCAAGGGCACGACGCCGUCCCUCUCGAUCCUCCCGCGUGGGCAAGGCUCGUCCCAGCUCAUCACGCCACGCAACUCGCAACAGAGCAACACCAUCCUGGUCGUUGACGACAACGGACUCAACAGACUUGUCCUCUCCAAGCUCGUCCGAAUGGCCGGCUUUGAGGUUGAACUGGCCAAGGACGGUCAGGAGGCCGUCGACAAAUGGCAGGCCCACGGCUACGUCGCCAUUCUCAUGGACUGUGUCAUGCCAGUCCUGGAUGGCUACGAGGCAACCCAGCAGAUCCGGCAGCGCGAGGCUGUUCGGCCGUUCCAAACCCACGUGCCCAUCAUCGCUGUCACGGCCAACGCCCUCAAGGGUGAUCGCGCCGUCUGCCUCGAGGCCGGCAUGGACGAAUAUGUGACCAAGCCGGUCAUCAAAGACGAGCUCAUGUCCAAACUGGCCUCGUUCGGCGUUGUCCCUGCCAGUCGUGAGACUGCGCCAAAGGCGCCAGGCAGCUCUCCGCCCACGCUCCCCAACGCCUCGCCCUCGGAUGACUCGGUUGACGCCGAAGGCUCGUCGUCCGGUCGCCCGGCGUGGCCACCCAAAAACGCGUACUGGCUCGUCCCGUCCAACCACGCCCGGCGCCAGUCGGUUUCGGUCGAGAUCCUGCCACACUCGCUCUCAGGCUCGUCUGAUGGCGACGAGCGCUCGGUUCAGACCCAGAAGCUUGCUGCCCAGCGCUCCGUCCUUGUCCGCGCCGUAGGCAACGAUGCCGCAGCCGCCAGCAGCGGCCGGCGCUCCACCAUUUCCGCCGCCACGGAAGAAGAGGUCUUCCUCCAACGCCACCACGACGCGUACGAAGAGGUCCAGGGCCGGUCGCGGCUCCAGCACCACACUCUCAUGAUGCUCCACGAAGGCAGCUAACCGCAGUCCUCCCUGCCACUUGGCUCACUUUAUUCCAGAUGAUCAUAGUUGGCAAGCGCGGCCUGGGAAGGCGAGCGGGUGAUUCGCGCCGAUGCAGCGUCGUGUGGUGCGAGGGCAAAGGCCGGAUCCAUAGAGUUGCGGAAAGAGUGUGAGAUGGUCUGCCGCCGCUCGUGCCAGACCAGCGCAACGAGGAAGAUACGAGCUGAGAAAAAGAUCGAAACCCACAUGAGCUGGCCCGGAUCGGACACGCCGUUGAGGACAAUGUGGAGGCAGAGGAGGGCGGCAACAACGACAGAAAAGACAAGCUCCGACUUGAACGUCCCGGUGGCGCCCAUGUAGUCGCUAAACUUGGUAACAAGCGC